AUGCCUCCCACGACGCCGCGCCUGCGGAUUCUGUCAGGUGCGUCCACGUCCGCCCUCAUCAACUCCCCAUCACGAUACCGUGCGCUGCGAGCUGCCUCGUCCAGGAGCUCUGCGCUGGCACAGAAAGAGCGCCUAGCGCAACAUACCCGCUGCAUCUCACCAUUCUCACCAUGCAAUUGCACACGAGCUGACAGUUGCUGUGCACAGUCGGCGGUAACGCUGUGUCGGCCUUCCUUUCGUGGCGUCUAUCUGCCACGCAGGCUUGCGACGUGACGCUGGUAUGGAAGAACGGCUUCGACGCGGUUCAUCAGUACGGCAUUUCAUUCAGGUACGCUGCCAAUGCCUCAUCCUGCACAUGCACCGCUCCAGUCAUCUGACCUUUCUCUCUACAGGUCAGACAAGUUCGGCAACGAGAGAUUCAAGCCUCGACAUGGUAAGCACCCAUUCCUGCAUACGAAUACUCGAUGGACAGACAACUGACUGUGCCGUAGUGGUGCGAGUACCAGAAGAAGCCGCCGGCCCUUCGCGAGCUUCUUUCGACUACGUCCUGCUAUGCGUCAAGGCCUUGCCCGAUGUCUACGAUCUCGCCUCCGUCAUCGAGUCCGUCGUCUCGCCCCAGCAUACCUGCAUCCUUGUCAACACCACACACACCCUUGGCAUCGAGUCGUAUCUGGAGCAACGCUUCCCCACAAACGUCGUGCUUUCCCUCGUGUCAGGAGCAGAGAUCACCCAACUCGGCGCCAGCGAGUUUGAACACAAGGGUUCAACAGAGCUUCAUGUGGGAGCUGCCAACAAGAAUCCAUCUAUACCCGCAUCCAUACAGGGAGACAUGGCCGAAGCGCUCGCGAUGACGCUCAAGUCCGGCCAAGUCGAUUGCGAGGUUUCCCCAAACAUCCGGCAACAACAGUACGAGCGCAUGACGGGGUAAGCCUACAACAAACGCCAAUGCCACCUCUCUUGCUAACAAAAGACAGACCAAUUGCCUUCUAUCCCAUCAGCGUCCUUUUCGAGACGCCCGUCCACGCUGCGCUCUUGGAGAAGAAUGGUGUCCGCUCGCUCGUCACGGGAGUAAUCGAUGAACUGAUGAACCUCGCUCAGGCCCAGGGGUGCAGUUUCACGCCCGACUUCAAGGAAACCACCAUGGAGAAGAUGAUUGUCCCGUCUGAGACUAACAGCAUCAUGUAUCAGGACUUCACCGCGCGAAGGCCAAUGGAGGUGGAGACUUAUCUCGGCUCUCCCAUGAAAUUGGCACAAGAGAUUGGUUUACAGGUUCCAAGGAUCGAAACUCUCUACGCGCUGCUUCACAACGUCAACACCGUCAAUCAGACAAGGCCGCAACACGCAGCAGGCCCGCCAUCACCUCCCCCGCAACCAACACCCCGGAUGUCGUCUGCUCCAAUGCCGAACGGACCUCCAAUGCCAUUUCCCAACGGCCGCGGGCCUCCACCAUCGAUGCGUAAUGGCAUGAGACCAGGCAAUCGUGCGCCAUCCCAAGCUGGAGGACCUCCGGGCAUGCGCAGAGGCCCACCGUCGAUGAGCGGCUAUCCACCGCCUGGGAGAAUGAAUGGAAACGGAUGGGCCGGGCCACGCGGCCCGCCACAGCAAAAUUCGAGGCGUCCCUCUUUCGAAGGGAACGACUUGGAAGAGUUUAGCCACUUGAUGCUCUACGACAACAUGCCAGAUGGCGGUGAGCAUUUCGACGGAAUGCCAUCAGCACCAUCGGGCGAUCUGGGUUUGAGAGAAAGAGAACUGGCACUGCGCCAAAAGGAGCUUGCCCUGCGGGAACGAGAAUACCACAUGCGCUCCGGUGGACGCCGGGUGCCGCCACCCCGAGACGCGUAUGACGAGGACGAGGAGGACGGUGACGACUUCUUCGAUCCGUCAAUGGUGCCAGCCGGCCCAGGAGUCGACCCAGACCAGAUCGACAUGAUGAGUGUGACUUCCCGACGCACCAGGAAGGCGCCGAGUGCAAGCCAACUUCGCAACAACCCUGAAAUGAUGGGCGCUGCUCCAGCUGUCCGCUCCAGUCGCGGUCCCAUGAUGAGGAGACCGAAGAUGCCAAACCGAACCAGCGCGGCGCUCAUGUCGGAGAUGCCCAACUUACGCGAGGAGCUCAUGAACAACCCGCUCAUGGGCUAUUCGUCUGAUCGGUUUGGUACAGUUGACAGAAUGAAUAUGGGACAGGAAUCGCGAGCAAACUCGCUCACGGCGGAGCGCCUCAACGAACUACAGCACGGUGGGCCGCCUAAUGGCUUCCCGCCGCACCCCAACGGCUAUCCGAUGAACAGACGCGGCAGCCAGUCGCCGGGUAACCCUCUCAGCCCUGGACAGCGACCGCCGCAACGACCAUCCCCUCCCAAUGGCUACGGCCCUCCCGGGCGUAAUGGUCGACCGAGUCCACCGGGCAUGAGGCAACCAGUGCCUCGCCAUCCGCCUGGACAUGGCAAUGCGGUCGCUCCGCAGCAAAUAGAGCAACAAACAGGGGUGAGCAACCUGUACCCACCGAAAAGCGGUCCUCCAAAUCAAGUACGCAGUCUGACAGGUUCUGCGAGCGCCAGCACGGGGAGUGGUGAUAGCAACCGCUCCGCACGCAUCGAUUCCGAGCCCUCUGCCCACACGUCGAGCAGCAGUCUGGGCCCAAGACCGCCGGUCGGAGUCCGUUGA